AUGCUUUUCCCAAACUUACUCGCAGCGACUGCGCUGUUUGGUGCUGCCUUUGCUGCGCCUGCAGAGGAGAAGAGACAGGACAAGAAACUUCAGUGGUUCGGUAUUAACGAGUCUGGCGCAGAGUUCGGAGAGAAGAACUUCACUGGCGUCUAUGGCAAGGAGUACAUAUGGUAUGACUUCAAGACUAUUGAUCAAUUCAUUGAUCAGGGCAUGAACAUGUUCCGCCUGAACUUCUUGAUGGAGCGCCUAACACCCAACAAGCUCGAUGGUGCUUUCGAUCCCCUCUACCUGGGAAACUUGACGGAGCAGAUCAAAUACAUCACUGCCAAGGGCAAGUACGCGAUGGUGCAGCCGCACAACUAUGGCCGCUUCUAUGGUAACAUUAUUACCGACACUGCGGGCUUCAAGACGUGGUGGACGAAUGUUGCAAAGGAGUACAAAGAUAAUGAAUUGGUUGUUUUCGACACCAACAACGAAUUCCACGACAUGGACCAACAGCUCGUCUUCGAUCUCAACCAAGCCGCUAUCGAUGGAAUCCGCGCUGCCGGUGCGACAAAGCAAUACAUCACCCCCGAAGGCAAUUCCUGGUCCGGCGCCUGGACCUGGAUCUCCUCGGGCAAUGGCGCAUCCUUGGUCAGCCUCAAAGAUCCGCAGGAUAAGCUCGUCUACCAAAUGCACCAGUACCUCGACACAGACGGCAGCGGUACAUCCGCGAAUUGUGUCAGCAGCACGAUCUUCAGCGAGAGAUUAGCGGCUGCCACCAAGUGGCUCAAGGACAAUAAGAAAGUCGGCGUUAUCGGAGAGUUCGCCGGAGGUAACAACGAGCAGUGCAUUAGUGCUCUGAAGGACGGAUUGAGCUAUAUGCAGAGGAACGGAGACGUGUGGUUUGGCGCGAUUUGGUGGGCGGCUGGGCCUUGGUGGGGUGACUACAUUUACAACAUGGAGCCGUCUACUGCGAACCCUGCGUGGACGACGGUUCUGCCGGCUAUCAAGAGCUUCUUCGUCUAAGCGGCACUGGAAAUGAAGGCACGAUCGUGACAAUUCACUGUAGAUAUCGAUUGGCUUCUUUGUAUAUAUGUUUUCUUCGACCUUGAGUUUUUCUCAUCGAUCCGUCACUAAAAACAAUCCAUCGUCGCCACACCUGCA